AUGCCGCCCAAGGUGCAGCAGAAGAGUAAGGAGGCCAAGAUGGCCGCGGCCAUGGCCGGCGGCAAGUCGAAGAAGAAGAAGUGGUCCAAGGGCAAGGUCCGCGAGAAGAUGGCAAACAAGGUCCUCUUCGACGAGGACACGUACGCGCGCCUCCUCGCCGAGAUCCCGAAGAUGAAGCUCAUCACGCCCAGCGCCCUCGUCGAGCGCCUCAAGGUCAACGGCGCCCUCGCGCGCGCGGCCAUCAAGGAGCUCCAGGAGAAGGGCCUCAUCAAGCAGGUCUCCUACCACCACACGCAGUGGAUCUUCACGCGCGACGUCGGCUCCGACUAG